UCUGUCAGAGACUUCGUCUGGCGGUAUUGGAUAGACUAUUCAGCAGAGAGCUGCACUUAACUCCUGAGGGAGAGAAGCCCUGGGAUUUGGCUUUGCCUUCCGUUCAAACGCGUGUGCGAAGUUCUCAGUUUUGACGCCCAGAUCCACGUUGGAGGGGUCUUAAAACCACGCCGUCCUUGCGAGCGACGUCGCUGUUCGACACACCAUCCGCCCUGGUUAACACCAGCAAGCGACUCGAUACCCACGAGAUUUAGAGAAAUCAGCUUGAAUGUCUGCGACAAAGAUUCAGCAGCCUGUUUACAAGGUGUACGAGCCCGGCUACCAUCCGCACCGGACCAUCAUCCUCGACGAGCAGAUCGAGUCACCCGAAACGUUGACGAUCCGGCUGGAGGAGGAAGCGGCUCGAAACGGAGGAGACCUCAGCGGGGCAUGUCCCCCUGGUCUCCUGCCAAUGCCCAUGUCUGCGUAUAAGCCCCAGCCACCGCAGCUGCACGGGUAUGCAGACUCAAACUACUCGCCCUACCCUUCCCAGUCCUUUCCCCAACAAACGGAAAAUGCGACCUCACAACUCAACCAAAUAGCCUUUGCGGCCAACAACGCGGCAGCUGGGCAGUACCUCGCAUCGCAAAUACCAUCUGGCGCCAAUAUCAACGUCCUGUCAUGCCACCCAACCCGUGGCCCGCCUGGGACCAAGGUAUCUCUGAAAGCGACGUGCCAGUACGACCUUAUCGGCAACAGCGUGGCCGCGUCCCCGCCGUUUGUCUCGCUGGUUUUCGGGUCACAGCGAUGUUCUGCACAGGUUUCCAGGGAUUCGAGGGAUGCAAACGGUGCUUGGACUUACACCCUUACUGCCGACGCUCCUCAGUUCUUGAGCACAGGCUGUCCAUCUCUCAGCAACGUCCCCGUGACACUGCUGCUGGAAAACGGAAACGGGGACGAAAUGACGCGGGUAGGAAAUGCGGGUGUCUUCUCAUACCUUGAUGCGCAAGGCGGCGUAGGGACAGGGGCCACCGCAGUGCCUGAUGACAGCAGCCCGCCCGACUUGGGGUCACCCAAGACCCGAUCACCUGCCCACCGAGCCAGCCCACCACACCAAGCCUCACAAGGACGGAGAGAGUCUGACAGCUCCGUCACUCACAACGUACUUCCCCGCGACACUUCCACAAAUACAUACGGCUUCUCCCCCGGCGUCUCAACCGGGAGCGCCGCAGCGCAAAUACAAGCUCAGAGCCAUGCGCACGCCGAUUUCUCUACCGCUGCCACCGGACCCUACAACCAAGGAAGCAACACCAUGUUGUCAUCAUACCGCGCCGGCUCCUUUACGGACCACUACCCGCGAGGCCCGUCCAUGCUCCGCUCACCGCACGGGGCCGGGUGGAUGUUUGGCAACCAGCUCGAUCCCCUCCGGGCUCCGAACUCAUCCCUCGCACACAACGCGCACAACGCACACGGCUCCGUAUCUCGUUCCAUCCUGACUCCGCUGCAACACCCAACAUCGAGUACGCCACAACUCAUCCGGACUAGCACACUGGCCCAACCUGCUGGCGGGUUCCCCGGCUACGGUGUUUACCAAGAAAAGGCGACGCUCAAGAUUGCUGGCGAUCUCUCAACCAUGGCAGAGGGCUGGAGUCAGGAAGAAUGGGAAAGCAAGCGCCGGCUAGUCCUAUUCCGGAAGCAGCAGACGGGGAGCGUUUUGACGGUCAGCUUCAAGGCCGUGAGCGCGGCAGAGCGGCCUCCCCAUAGCAUUUGCAUCAGCUGUAUCUGGUGGGAGGAGAAGCAAGCGUGCUACGUCACGUCAGUCGACACUAUCCACUUGCUCGAGCAGCUUCUCGCCGCCCCGAGCAGGUUUGGGGUCGACGAGAAGAAUCGCAUCCGCCGAAACCUCGAAGGAUUCCGUCCGGCAACCGUCAGCAAAGCCCGGUCUGAGAGCGAGGAGUUCUUCAAGGUGAUCAUGGGGUUUGGAAACCCGAAGCCACGCAACAUCGAGAAGGACGUCAAGGUCUUCCACUGGAAGGAUCUCGCAGGGGCCCUCUACAAGAUCAUCUCCAAGUACAGCGCUUCCACGACAACAAACGUGAUGACCCCAACCACCUCACCCCACGUCGCCCCAGGCAUGGGCCUCGGUGGGGGCUACCCAGCGCUGCCGCCAACACCAGUCUCCACGACGUCGAGCACUACAGCCGACUCGGCCGCCGCGGCCGCGGGUUACGUCGGUAGCGCCGGCCACCAUCAUGCAGACUCCCUCACGAGCCCACGAACUCUUUCCGGCGGGCCUUCCUCGUGGGGUCCGACGUAUGGCUCAGCCUCCAAAGCAAUGUCUCCGGCUCUCAAGACCAGCUCACCAGUAACCGGGUCGAAUCUGCGCCUUUCCACCACGCUACCAGUGGUGUAUGACCACCGCGGUUCGACGCACAGCGUAACAUCACCGUAUGGCUUGUCAGGACCUUCGUCUCACCACACUCAAAGCACACACGCGCACCAUGGGCACAGUGGUGGCUACGGUCACCACUCCAGCGUCUCCGCCUCGCAGGGCCAGUCCAGGAAUUGGGAAGGCUACUCUGUGGCAGACGGUUACCAAAGCCAGACGAGCAGCGGCCACGCCCACGGCCAGGUGUAUGGCGGCGGUGGAUACGGGGAGGGGACACCCCGCGCUUGAGUGCGUGACCCUCCCGAAAAUCAUUCUCCCUUGAUGGAGUCCGAGGUAGUGGAGGGGAAGGCGGGGGAUGCUCUGCCGCCUUCGGCAGGGCCCACAGGUGAAAAAGGCGGGCACCUGGGGCUACGCGAAGGGACAGGCAGAACCUGCCGGAAUCCGGCCGCUGGGCCAGGGGUGUGUGCGGGAGAUGCGGCGACGCGUGAACUCCGUCAUCUGUUUCCAGGGUGGCAGCCGACUGGUUUGGCAUGACUCACGGUAGACAAGCGGGUGGUGGGCAAGGGGAGCUAAACAC